AUGCCUGGGGUACCGUCAAGCCGAGCGUGCGAUGAAUGUCGCAAGCGAAAGAAAAAGUGCAACCUCGCAGUGCCCGCCUGCGCCAGAUGCACAAAGCUCAACCUGAAGUGUUUUGGCGCUGGCCAGCAACGAUACAAAUUCAUUCAUCGAAAUAUCACGUCCCUGAAUCCUCUCCGGAGAAUUCACAGCAACCAAACGACCCUCAUCACUGGGCACUUGAUCUCUAGGCUUGAAGUCAAAGACAUUCGCUAUGAUACCAACUGCUUUGGUGCAUUCUUACAUCUAAUCCCCCAGCGCAUUGGGUCAAACAAAGCUCUUGAUAUAGCAGCGGAUACAUUUGCUACAGUCUACUCGAAUCUACACGCGGACAGUAAUCCUGUGCAGGCCCUAGUAAAGCAUGGACAGGCGCUGACGGCGCUACGGGACUGCUUGAAAAUGCCCCUGGAGGGACAGGUUGCCGAGAUUGCAACAGCCAUAUACUUCACAAUGCUCAAUGAUGAUCUAAUAAAUAACCGUACCAACCGGCCGCGCGUAUCUCACAUCGAGAUAUUAGUGUAUCUAUUGCAGAUGACGGCCCAUUGGAACUGGAAGUCCAACUUUGAGUUAGAGACACUGUUAACACUCACUGGUAUCGUGGUCAUGGAAAGCGUGGGGAAUCCCCGAAUCAAGCUCGAUCCAUGGGUGUGGAAAGUGCUCGAAAAGGUCGAGAUUCCAAAAUCGGUCGAAGAACAACACUUGCACGUCGAAGCUAUGAGAAAGAGCCCGGACAAGUUUCCCAGUCUAGAGUUGCGCCGCAUAAUCGAGACCACGCAGAUGGUUCGCGAGCCAGCGCAUCGCUCCUCUGAUCUGCAAUUCAACUACAAACUACUAUUGAGUGAUUUGGAGAAAUUGAAAAAUCUACCAAAGACUCUCUUUUUCACCAAUGACCCGUCGGCGGACCAGCCCUCUCCUCAGAUUCAGCUUGGAUUCCAGACACGGCUUGCAACGGUGCUAACACUUGCAUUGAUGGUCAAUAUGGCUCUUCACGAGGUUGUCACUCUUGAAACGGACUUGUUUACUGAAAGUGACAUGCUUGUCGAGGAGAGUAUUGCUGUGAGUCGGAUUCCAGAUCGUGCAGCAUCUCGUGAUCCGAAGCAGCAGACGAUCAUAGCAAAUCUUCUUGGUGAGCUAUCCGACGCAGAAGAUAUCCCUACAAUCUCUAGGACUGAGGACGAGGAUGGGUGGAGGAAAAAGUGGGAAGAUGUGCGGCGGCAAAUCCCUGGGCGGCCAUUGCUCAGUGCUGCUAUCUGCAGACAUGCUGGGGGGUAG